UGAAAACAGAUAUAGCUCGGUAGGCGUUAUGAUGAAAAUUCUCUAAGCUGAUUGACGAUCACCCUGUCAGAUCCGAUAGUUCUGUGACUUGCUGUCAUCAAACUCUGCGUGUGUACAUCGUCGUUUACUGCCUCCCUUAAAUGCUAUUUUGUUGGGUUUGAUGCUUCUUGUUGGGAUUUGACAAAAGAAGUGAGAGAUUACGUACUCCUUACUGCCCUUCUCUCACUCUUUCUGUCUUUACAAAUAUACAAAUAUAACUACCCCGGAACUCCUCAGUUAAAGCAGAAACCAGAACAAGGGGGAAAGUUUCCAACUUUCACCAAUUAAGCGAAUAAAGAGAGAGACAGAGAGAGACAGAGAGAGACAGAGAGAGAGUGGGUCAUGCAUCUUCUCUGAUAUAACAAUAACAUGAAUCCCCUCUAGCUUUGAGCCUACCCAUCUCAUAUCCGUUAUGUGAAUCCCAGGGUGGCUUCGUUUUGGCGUUAAUUUGUUAAUGCUUUGUUCUCUUCUCAGUCUCUGGCACAAGUUAUUAUUAUGGCUGUUCAAGCACAGUUGUAUCCUGAGAAUUUGGGUUUGCCCAUGUGUGGCUUACAGGACUGCAUGCCAUAUCCUCUUCCUGCUUCUGAUACUGAUAUUUCUUUCACUCUUCAUCACCAUGAACGUCAACAUCCUCGUUUUGCUCAUCUGCAACAAACUUCUCAGAACUUGGCUCUUGAUUGCAACAGAGGAGCUUCUUCUUCAUCCAGUUGUUGUAGGAGUAUUUUCUCCAUGACUCUUUCUCAAUCUUUAGAUGCUCAGCUUGAGUUGCAAAGGCAAGAGAUUGACUGCAUUCUCCAAAUGCAGAAUGACAGAUUGAGAUCUGCUUUGCAAGAACAAAGAAAGCAGCAACUGGUAAUCGUGCUAGAGAACAUGGAAUCAAAGGCCAUGAAUUUGAUGAGGCUAAAAGAGGAAGACUUGGCACAAGCAAGGAAGAAAAGAAUGGAGCUAGAAGUUUAUCUGCGAAAAGCGGAGAUGGAAAGCGAGUCAUGGCAAAGAGUGGCUAAAGAAAAUGAAGCAAUGGUGAUGGAUCUAAGCAACACACUUGAACAGGUGCGACAGAGAAAGGUGUUGGUCAGCAACAACAGAGCAGAUGGUGCAGAGUCCUGUUCUGGUUCAUGGUAUGAAGAAGAAGUGAAAGAAGAGAACAGAAAGAUUGCUUGUAAAAGAUGCAAUUUUAGGAACUCGUGCAUUAUUUUUCUGCCUUGCAGACACCUCUGUUCGUGCAGGCUUUGUGAAGCCUCUCUUGAUUCUUGUCCUGUAUGUAACUCUGCAAAGGAGACAAGCAUGGAGGUGUUUUGGUUUUAACAAAAAGUAAAACAGCUACCUUACAAAUUUUCUUUGCUUUUUAAGGGUUUAUUUUGCUCUGCAUUGCCCGUAAUAUGAAUUGAAAUGAUGAUUAGUAUCAGACUAUCAGAACUAUACUGAGAAUCUUCUCCCUUUCCUUCCUAG